AUGGUUUUUAAAUUUAAAAAAAAAAAGAAAGAAAAAAGCUCAGACGUAUUAAGUAAACACUUAUUUAACGACAAUGGACAUUUUGAAGAGAAUGAAAAGAAAGAGAAGAGACAUUCUUGGUAUAAGAAGAUUAUAGAUAACACUGUAAGUAAAAACAAAAAUGAAGAAAAGGAGACGGAAAACAGAUAUGAAAAUGAGAAGGAUAGUGAGAAGGAAAAUGGGAAGGAAAAUUCAGAAGAAAAACAAAUGAAUAAGCAUUACGAAUUAGAAGAACAACUAAAAGAGACACUAAAAUCAAUCACAUCAUUAUCAACAAAAAUAGUUUAUUACGAAACAAAAAUUGAAGAAUUGGAAAAAGAAUUAAAGGUCGAAAAGGAUAAACACAUGGACAAUGUAUAUGAAAAACAAUUAAAAGAAAAAGAAGAAUUUGUUAAGCAAAAAAUAGGUCUGUUAAACGAAAAGGAAACUCUACUAAAUGAAAAAGAAUUAGAUAUUAAUUUGAGAGAAAAAAAAAUAACAGAUAGAGAAAUUUUUAUUUCUCUAAAGGAAGAAAAAAUAAAUGGUAUAGAAAUUCAGUAUGUGGAAAAAAAUAAAGAAAAGGAAAAAUUGCAUUUUGAAAUUGCUGAUAUAAAAAUAUCUUUAGAUAAGUUAAAAUUUGAAGUUAAGGAUAAAAAGGAAAGUUUAGAAAACAUUAGUAAUAAGGUUAUAUUAAAAGAAAAUACGUUAAGAGAAUUAAAAGAAUUUAUAAAAGAAAAAAGCGAAAUGAUUGAUUCGCUUAAUGAAAAGAUUAAUGAAAAAGAAAAAAAAUGUGAACAACUGGGAAUAGACAUAGAAGAGAAGAGAAAAUUAGUAGAACUAUUAGAUAAUAAAGCUAAUGAGAAAGAAAAAUAUUUUGAAGAAAAGGUAAAAGGAUUAGAAAAAGAGCAAAAUUCACUUUACGCAAAAUUAAAUUUAAUUCAUGAACGAGAAAAGGAAGUGGAAAAGAGAGAGAAUGAUUUCCUUCAUAUGGAAGAUGAGCUGAACUCUCUUCGAGAUAGCUUUUCAAAAAAUACUUGUCAGCUAAGGAUAUAUAAAAUGGAGAUAUCAGAUUUAAGCAACACACUGAUAGAAAAGGAAAGAGAAAUUUUAGACAUAAAAAACACGUACGACGAUGAAAUUAACGCGUUGAAGGUGCAAAUAAAAAGGGGAGGAAUCAAAGAACGGAGAGAGGAAAAAAGCGACGAACGACGCGAGAACAAAGACAGAAACAAAAUCUUAUGUUUCAGUAACGGGCGAAAUAGCGAAAUAAGUGGAGAGGACAACACAUCGGUGGCUUCAAAUGAUGAAAACACAAAUGAAGGAAAAAAUUUAGUCCAUUUGUUAGAGGAAAAAGAAAGAGAAAUACAAAACUUAAAGGAUAAGUAUCAAAAAGAGCUAGAAAAUAUAAAUAAGGAACUAAAUGAAAAGAAGAGAGAAUAUAUAGAGUUAAAAAAUACUUAUAUCAAUGAAUUAAACAAUUUGAACGAUGAAAUUGAAGAGAGUAGCAUUAAGCUAAGCGAAUUAAAGAGUAUUCAUGAGAGUGAAAUUACAAAGUUACAAAAUGAAGUAAAAACGUUAAAUCAGGAAAAACAUAUCUUAAAUAAUGAAAAACAAGUAUUAAGCAACGAAAUAAAUAAAUUAAAUGAGGAGAAGAAUUCACUGAAUACAGAAAAGGAUAUACUAGACAACAAAAUAGAUUCGUUAAAUAACGAAAUAAACACAUUAAAUAAGGAGAAAAUUUUAUUAAGUAAUGAAAUUGGCAACUUAAACAAUAUGAUAAGUGAAUUAAAGAAUGAAAUUAGUAUAACUGACAAUGAGAUAAACGAAUUAAAAGAUGAGAUAAAUACAUUAAAUAAUGAGGUGAAAGGGAAAGAAAAGCUUCUUUUAGAAAUGGAAAAUAAUUAUAAAAACGAAAUAUAUAUUUUAAAAGAAAAAUUGAAGGACAAGAAUGAUAACAACUUAGAUUUAGGCAACGAAUUACAUAAUUUAAGGAAUGUACUAAAUGAGAAAGAAAAGGAGUAUGGUCAAAUGAAAGAAGAGUACAGCAUAAAAGUUAAGGAGUUUAAUGAUGAACUACUGAUGAAGGAAAAAAACUAUAAAGAAGAAUUAAAUGAUAUACGUAUAAAAUCUCAUGAAAAAGAGAGAAUAUUAAUUUUACAAAAUGACCAACUAAAAGAAGCAAAAUUAAGAAGUGAAGAAAAAUACUUAAAAUUAUACGAUGAAAAAGUGCAUCUGGUUAGAAAUAUAUGUGCCAAUUUUCAUAUUUCUAAUUAUGAUGAAAUAAAAAGUGAGGAUCUUGUGAAAAAUGUGGAGGAGUACCUACAUAAACAGUAUGAAAUGAUAAACGAUUUGAAAAACGGCUCUAGUAGGGGUGUUCGUGGGGGGGAGAGAGGAUAUGCAGACGCGGUAAGUGAAGAAGCAUGUUCUGGGAUUGGAGAUAUUCGUAGGUUGUUUGAGGAGCACGAAUGUGAAGAAGAAGGUGAGCAGCAAAAUGAACAGGAAAAGAGUAAAUCCAGUGAGAAAGUGAUGUGCGACUUAAUAAGAGACAUGCACAACUUGAGUGAAAGACACGAAGAAGAGAUAACAAAAAUGAAGGGCUUUUUAUUUUUGAAAGAAAAAGAAAUAGAAGACGCUAAAAAGAAAAUUGAAGAACUGAAAAAUGAGAUAAAUCAUUUAAAUAGUUUUAACCGUAUAAACAAUUUAAAUAGUGCUACAUCACUUCACAGGGGAAAUGAUGUGGAAAUGAAAUUAAAGAUGUACUUAGAAGAAAUUAAUCACUUGAAUUUGACUAUAAGCAACCUUAAAAAGGUGAAUAAUGAAGAGCAGUUGAAAAAGGAAAAAGAAAUAAUGAGAUUGAUUAGUGAGCUAUCGAAAUACAGGCAUCUUGAAGAUACAAAAAGAACAUCAUCUGAUGAUGAAGGUAGUAAAAAUGAUUUUAAUAAAAUAUAUCUUAAGAACGAAUCUGAAAAUGAAUAUAUUUCUGAGUCUGAUGUAGAAGGAGGAAAAAAUUUAAAAUAUUUUUUAUAUUCACAAAUUUAUAAGGUAAGAGGGAAAAAAAGGCAAACAUUGAAAAAGGAAAAGGACAUACAAGUAAAUUUGGCACUUCACGAUAUGACUAAUGAUGAAAAUGAGUUACAUAAAAAUUGUAGGUAUGAAAUUGAAAAACAAAAGAAAGAAUUAGGACAGAAUGGAAAGGUUAUUGAAGAUCUAAAAAGUAAAAUAUGCGCUCUAACGAAUGAAGUGAUGGAUCUGAAAAAUGCUAAAAAUGAAUUAAACGAAAAAUAUACCAGUUUGGUGCCAGCUGCAGAGGAAGUGGAAAAACUAAAAGGAGAGUCAGAAAAAAUGAAUGAACAGAUAUGGAAGUUAAGUGAGGAAGCGGAGAAAUUGAAAGAAGAGGCGGGGAAAUGGGAAGAAGUAGCCGCGAAAUGGGAAGAGGAAACUGAAAAAUCGAGGGAGGAGGCAACAAAGCUAAUGGAAGAAAAUGUAAAGCUGAAAAAUUGUGCGGAUGAACUGAAUAGGGAAUUCUAUACGAAGGAAAAGAAUUAUAUGUCUAAAUUAAAUGAAAAUAUCGGCAUAAUAGAAAACUUAAAGGAUGCAAUUCAUGUGAAUGAAGAUGAGUUAAAGAAUGCAGAAAAUGAGAAAAAUAAUUACAUUAAUGAAAUAAACAAGUUAAAAAAUGAGUAUGAGGCAUUAAAAUUAAAUCAUGAUUUAUUAAACAAAAAUUAUACUUCAUUAAAUGAGAUGUAUAAGAAUUUAAAACAAACAAGUUGUCAUAUAAAUGAUUCCUUUUGUUGUGAAGAAGGAAAAUUUUCUGAGGAUAAUGAUAAUGAUGAAGUGAAUAUGAGCAAGGAGUAUACGUCCAUCGAUGGUAAUGAGACAAAGAAAUUGGAGAAAACAGAUGAACAGCAUUCAAACGAGGAAGAAAAAGUUAGCAAAUGCGCAGUUACUAGUGAAAUAGGAAAGUCUGAUAUAGGAAAAGGUAGGAGUGAUAAUAACUCAGAUUUGAUAGGAAAAUAUCAAAAAGAAGUAGAAUAUUUGAAGGAAGAAAUAAAUAGAAUAAGUCUAUUAUAUAGCAACGAACUAAAUGAAAAAAACAGUUAUGAUAUAAAAAUAAAAGAUUUGACUAACCAGUUAAAGGAGCUCGAAGUGAAGGAAAAGGAAAAUGAUGAGAAGGUAAUUUUUCUAACUAAUUUGAAUGAUGAAAUGAAUAGUAAAAUGAAUGCUAAAAUGAAUGCUAAAAUGAAUGCUAAAAUGAAUGCUAAAAUGAAUGCUAAAAUGAGUAGAAAGAAUAAAAAACCUAAAUUGAGAAAAUUCUUAUCUAGGGAAAAAAAGGAUUCUUCUUCAAAUUUACAUAAAAAUUUGGAGAAUAAAGAAUUAAGUGAAGUCUGUUGUUCAGGUAAUGAGGGAAUUAUAAAUGAACAGGAUGUACACAAUGAAGUAAAUGUUAACAAAUAUUACACAUUAUCUUCAGAGAUGAACGAAUACAACUAUUUCGUAGAGAAUGUUAACAAAUUAGAAGAUAAUAAUUUUCGUUUAAUGAAAAUAAUUCAUGAAAGUAAUAACAGAUAUAGUGAUAGAGUGAUCGGAUCUUAUUUUUAUUCCAACAAUGUAGAAGAUUUGUUUAAAAUAAAUAAUAAUACAAAUAUCGAUAUAGAAAACCCAGAUGGAAAUACUGUUAUAGUUCUUUGUGUAAUUUUAAAUGAAAUAUUAAAUGUUUUAUUUUUAAAUGAUCAGUUUGUAAAUUCUUUUGAAAAAAUAAAUAAAAAUGUUUGGAAGCAUAUGUUCAUACCUGAAGAAAUUAAAUUGUUAGUUUUAAGAUAUUUUUUUUUCUUAAAUAAACUAAGAGAUUAUGUAAAAAAUUUAAAUGAUCAAUUUAACAGCGAAAGGUAUGACGAUUCGUGGUUUUUGUUUCAAAAUUAUUUCGAGACGUCCAGUAACAUAAAGAGAGAGCUGGUUUAUUUUGUUCUCGAAAAAAAGGAAAUGGAAAUAGUAGAAAAUGGUGAAAAUGGCGAGAAUGACAAAAACUGUAAUAGUAUUAGCCAAAAUAAUAGUAACAUUUGUAGCAGCACAAGGGGGAAAAUUUCCGAAAUUUUGAAUUUUUCCAAAGAAGAAAUUAGGCUAAAAACAAUAGCGCAGUUGAGAAGAGAUUUAAAUUUUGAAAAAAAAUCAAAACAUAUAUUAAAUCAUGAUUUCCAAGUGCUACUAUAUAAGUAUCAAGAAUGUGUAAGAAAAUUAAAAAGAGUUAAAAACGUGAUAAGACAGUUAAAUUUAAAUGAUGUACCGUGUGGAAGUUAUGCCUUAAAUAGCGAAAUAGACGAAUACUCAGAACAGAGUGAUGGAAAGUUUUUCAACGUACCAAGGUCAAGGGGUGAUGUGGAUGUUGGGGUUGAUGCUGAAAAAAAUUAUAAGGAAUAUGUUUUGUUAGAUAAUAAUAAUAACCCAGAACAGGAGAGCAGAGGAAAUGGUACAGUUAAUAGCACAUGCACGUUUAUGGAGAAACAAAGUUUAAAGAAAAAUAAUGAUGUUACGGGUAAACGUGAAAUAAUGGGAAGGCGUGAAAUAAUGGGAAGGCGUGAAAUAAUGGGAAGGCGUGAAAUAAUGGAAGGCGUGAAAUAA